ACAGCGGGACCGGGACAGCGGGACCGGGACAGCGGGACCGGGCCGGGCCAUGGCCCCGCACCCGCCCAGCGCCGGGCACUACCUGCGCUCCGACAGCGGCGGCUCGGAGGCGCCCAUGCUGGCGGAGGGUCCCGGUCCCGGCCCCGCUCCCGGUCCGGACGGCGGCCCCGGGGCGGUGCGGGGGCAGCGGCGGCGGCGCUGCGGUCCCCUGUGGGGCAGCGUGGCUGUCAUGGCCAUCCUGGCAGUGCAGAUCGCCUCCACCACCGGCCUCUUCGUCUACUUCACCAUGGCCAUCUCCAAGCUGAAAUCCCAGGCUCCGGGGAGUGUGGAAGAGCUGCGGUGUCUGCAGAUGCUCAAUCAGCAGCCCGAGGGCUCCAGCCUGGAGGAGCUGAGCAGCAGCCAGACCUGCCUCAAGCUGGCCAGCACCAUCAAAGCCUACGUGGCCACGGUGACAGAGAACAUCCUCCGCAGGAGCGCGGUGAAGGAGGCCCGGCGGAGCUACUUCAACACCUCAGAGGGGCAGGUUCCUCCCAAAACAGCCCGGAAGCCCUCGGCACAUCUCACCCUCCGCCCUCAGAGCCUGACCCAGGAUGGAACCUCGGAGCGCUUCGGGAACCUGUCCCAGUCGUGCCGCCACGCCAUCACCCGCUGGGAGCACAGCACCCUGCACUCCCACCUGCAGAACAUCACCUACCGCGACGGGCGGCUCCGGGUCGAGCAGCCGGGCAAGUACUACGUGUACUCCCAGAUCUAUUUCCGCUACCGCAGCGCCGGCGCCCAGGACUCGGGCCCGCAGCUCGUGCAGUGCAUCCAGUGGCAGCCACCCCACAGCCAGCCCAUCCUGCUGCUCAAGGGCGUGGGCACCAAGUGCUGGGCCCCCGAGGCGGACUAUGGGCUGCACGCGCUCUACCAGGGCGGACUGUUCGAGCUCAAGGCCGGCGACGAGCUCUUCGUCUCCGUGUCCUCCUUGGCCAUCGACUACAACGACGCAGCUGCCAGUUACUUCGGGGCCUUCCGGCUCGACCUCUGACACCCCCUCUGCUCCCACCUGCCCGCUGAUGCUCCCACGUGGCCCCGGGACAGCGGCCCAAUGGCCAGAGGGUGGCACAGGGUCCUUCCCAGUGUGUAUUGUCCUUUGCGGUGAGGGACGAACCAAAGAGGGCACGAGGCGCGGCUGCCCGCAGGGACCUGCUGUGCUUGGGGCCACCAUCCAGGUGGGAGGAAGCCUGAGACCCUGGAAGGGUCCCCAAGGACCUACAGAGGACAUGCAUGAUGGGACACAUCCCAGCCCUGGUGGCACAUCACCUCCCAGUGGCUCCCUGCAGCAGGAAGGGCACCAGGGCCACACCCGCCAUGGCAAGACACAGUGUCCCCGUGAUGGGGUGACCCUCCAUGAGUCUGCCCCACCUCGGGCAGGGGCAGCCCCAGCUGGGCUGUGGGUGCCAGGGACCCUGGGCUGGAGGUGCUGGGGCAGCAGCCGGGGUGAGCAGGGAGCA